AUGGGACAGACUUCAUCCAUACAAGAAGACAAGAUGAAGAAACGAAUUUGUCAAACCAUGGGCACGUUCAUGGACUUUGGUACACACUUGAAAAACGUUAACGAAUGGGCCCAACUGUGUGCGACACCUAAGAAUUGCUACCUAUCGUUUCGUAUCGUAAUUAAUCCGAAGAUAUCAGCUGAGUUGUUGCCAUAUGUUUGGAGAAUCCGUGACAAUGUAGCCAUUGAGGUACGCAAGAUGCGACGGCCUGUGGAAUUGCAGCUUUGUCUGCAUGGAACUGAGAGAUUGGAAACCAUUGGUCAAGCCAAGACUUUAACGGUCACGCAGUUCUAUUACAUUUAUUGCUUCCUGUCCGACAUUAAAGCGUGUGCCACACACACUGUAUAUUUCCCUGAGAAGAUUCCAAGGACUGAAGACACGGACUUUGACGAGACCGAGUGCCAAAUUUGCAUGGACAAGAAGAAACAGGUUGCACUACCAUGUGCUCAUAGUUUUUGUCUUAAUUGUUUCCAGCAUUGGAGUACACAGAGUCAGACAUGUCCAAUCUGUCGAGCUAAAUUUGAUUGCUCGGAAGGCGACGAAUUGUGGCAACUUACGUCGAAUGAAGUGGAAGAUCUGGGCUCGUAUGCAACUGAUCUAGUGGCACGGAUCUACGAGUACCUGGACAAGCGCGACGCAUCGAAUUAUACGGACGAGGACAUUAAAAGGUCGGCCGAGUUGUACUCGGCUGCGAUCGUUGUAAAGCAGACUCCAUUGCGUCAAUUUGUGUAUGCUGAUUUGUUUCCGACAGCUUUACCGCUUGGGUUCCCGUCCAUUCUGCGUGGUGGAAUCCGACUCGCAACAGAAUUCGAUUCGGACUUAAUGUUGGCGCUCGAGUUGGCGUCGGGAGAGGAUCAGUACGCGGCAAUGUUACACUAUGAGCAGAUACAACGAGACCAGACGAUGGCUUUGACGAUGGCCAUGCAGACAGAUACUGGAGAGAAUCCGAACGAGUGGUGA